AUGUCGAGCAAUUCUGAUUCGAAAGCCGCCGUGCUUUCUCUUAAAAUUCACGAUUCUUUUCGUGACGCAAAGUUCGAUAAGGACUUUACAAAAUUCGAGAAUGGUCCCCAGCCAUCGCCAACAGUUGAUAAAGCAAAGGAAGAGGCUUUAGAGAGAAUGAGACAAUUGGAAGGAGUCGUUGACACUUCAAUUGACACUCAUCCAAAUAAGCCAACUAUUCGUGGUCGUCGACAAUACGAUAAGCCGCAUGGCUGCUAUCGGCUGGCUAUUAAGGCGGCUGGAAAGUUCGAGAAUGAUACAUGGCUAACAAAAAAUGGGAAUCCGUUCGAAUGGGCGGUCGCUUAUAUUCCAACAGACAGCGAAGAGAUCACAAAAAUUUUGGAAAACGGAUUUGAGCCGGGAAUCGGCGGCAAUAUCGUCACUCCUGAUGCGAAAACGGCAAACAAAUUUGCUUCCGACUUUAUGUUUAAAAAUCACAAAUAUAAAUUGAUUUUUCAAGUGCGCGCCAAACCCCAGGAAAUUCGAAUGGUGAAAUCGGCCAACAGCGAGUCCGGUGAAUUAUGGAAAUUGAGAAACCCCAGUGAUAUUCGAAUCUACGGGAUUUGCUGUUUUCCGACGGCAAACUUCAAUGAGCCCGCGGAGAUCCAAAUGCAGAAAAAUUCACUGGCGCAUCGCAGUCAAAUUGUUCAAUCGAGUCCGAAAAAGACGGAGAUUAGUCAGCCAGUGACGAAAAAUGAACCGCUUCCCGAUAAUCACUUGAGAUUGUCGGACAUCAAGUCCAACGAACCCACUAAGAAACAAUUGCCGGAUUUGUCUGAAAGAGUCAAACUGGUGAGCACGCAGGGGUUGGCGAAUUCGUUCCUCCUGCCAUCGUCAUUCACUUCACCACCUCGUCCUCCCCAUUCAUCAUCAAGGAGUACGAGUGUUGGUCCCGCAAGAUCGUUGAUGAGCGGUCCCGGUGAAUCAGUAUCCCAGCCUCGCAUACAACCGAAAGCCGCGCUACCCGACAACAGACGUCCCGUCACAUUGAGCAGCAAUGGCGAGAAUUUGACGACGUGGAAGGCGAGAUCGCGAAGCAUUUCGAGACCACGACCCCAUGAGUAUACCGACUCGUGUGGUCCCGUUAAGAACUAG